AUUUCAACAUAGCCUAAAAACAAUCACACCUUGAGAAGCAUAAACGUUGUUUUGGUUACAAUUACUGAAAAUAGUUUAAAUUAGUUACAAUGUCAUCCUCAUACUUCAAAGAUGCUAAUCUCCAAGAUGAUACUAAACUGGAAGGAAUGGUGAAGGACUUGCACUCGUACAUUGAUACCUUGGAAGCAGAUAUACAAAAAGCACUUGUAGCGCAAAAGUCACGCCAUCUGACUACAAACGAUAAAAUUAAACUGGACAGCUAUCUGGCAUAUUUGUGCAGCACGUUGUUUUGGAUACAGCUGAAAUUGCAAGGAGAAGACGUAUCCAAGCAUGGUAUACUUCACGAUUUGUCCCGAGCCAGGGAGAGUAUGGCCCGUGACAAGGAAAUAGACGCCUCCCUUGCAGCCCCUAGACUAAAUAUGCCUGCAACGAAGCGAUUUAUUGCCGCUGGAAUGCAUACAAGAUUCGUGGACAAAGACGGACAACUAGAAGCUGUACCCUUUAAAAACAACAAACGCAGCUCGCUCGGAAAUGGACAAUGAAAUCUCUAAUCUAAUAAUUGUUAAAUUUUAAGGUAGCAUAACAAUAAAAAUGUAAAUAAAUAAAACACUUCCUACUAA